AUGCCCACCGACGCCCUCCUCCACGCCCUCACCGCCCUCCACCACACCCUCGCCACAAAAUGGCUCCUCCGCGAAUUCCGCAUGCGGGGCGCACCCCCGACCGCCGCCGACAUGGCCACUGUGAUCAGCUUCGAGCACGCGCUCGAGGCGCUGCACGAGCGCGGCUUCGAGGACAUGGGUGCGAUCACGAAGCUGCUCGAAACACUCGCGGCGCACCCGACCACGCCGCGAAAGCUGCGAGGGACCGCGAACGAGUGUCUAAGGAAGCUGCGCGAGGAGGAGUGGGUGGAGGUUGUGAAGGACGAGGAGGAGCUGGAGAGCGGGGAGUGGGUGGGUGUGGCGAGGGGGGACGAUGAGGUGCAUGUGUAG